AUGCAGCUUCCUAUUGACGCAGAUGAUGACCUCAUCGAGAGCACGAACAUCGAUAGCCAAGUCCUUCGGGGCAUGUCCGAAGUCUCUGCUCAGCUUCGUAAAACACUCUACCGAAAACCGGCAAAUCAUACCUACGGUGCCUUGCAGGCUUCUGUAGAACCAAUCCUAGAGGACUUGUCCAAUUGGAGAGUGUCUUUCCCUAUGCUUGUCAGCCCCAGAAGCGUGUAUGAGACGACGCAUUGGCGCGAUCUCAACUUCUAUCGCGAGCGGCUGAAGUGCUUUCGUCCAUUCAUAUUACUUGGCAAAGAAAACGAUGCCCCUUUUUACCGAGACUCGCUUCAUGCCUGCCAAGAGGCUUCAUCAAAGGUGGCAUCACUCUACAUGGAUCUCAGAACGAGCGACAAACUGGUACUAAACUGGACAUGUGUUCACGAUAUGAUGUCCGCUGGUUUUACUAUGCUAUUCUGUGCGCUGCUCUCAAGGGACUUGUUACCACCCAGAGAUAGGGCGAUCGAAUCUACCUGGGUUAAAAAGUACGAAGACUUUGAACAGAGCGUUGCCUGCAUUCUAGACACACUGUCUCACAUUGCAGAGAGAUGGCCGACGGUUGAAAGGCACGUCAGUGUAUUCAAAGCACUGGCGAAUCGCGUGACUGACUCAGUGCGGCCUGGAGCUACCUCCUCGAAUGAUGAGGGAGCGUGGCCCAGGAUGAUGGGUCCAGCUGGUCCAUUUACGCAGUCCGAGGAUAUGGCACAGGAUAGUGAAAUCCUGGGCCACCAAGCCGAGGUGUGGGAUGCGGCCAUGGUGUCCUUCCUCAAUGAGCCAUUUGACUUAGGUAGUAUUAACUGGGGAACAGUGGAAUGGGAUAGUUCCGAUCUAUUGGAUCUAAUGUAG